AUGGCCGGUGACCACCUCCAGCCUCAACAGUACGAAGUGCAACGAUGCCGUCGUGCCGUACUUGCUUUGAUUGCAAAGAUACGUCACUGCAAUGAGGUGGAGCUCCAGGAGCUACUGAAGUCCAUACGAAACGCGAACAGUCUGGCCGAGGCCAAGCAGCAAGCUUUGGAUCUCGACUACUGCUGA